CCGACAUGCAGUUCAUCCUUGUGAACAUACAGUACUUAGGUAUACAAAGAACGGAUCAUUCAAAGGGAGUCUUUCCCACCCGAGUCCACCGGCCUCCUCCUUUGUUGAACUGUGUACGAUUUUGAAACUCGUCAAGGGAUCUCUGAGCGUCGGCCAUUUCUGAGGGACAAACAGACGGGAGUGAUUAUCGACAGCUGCUGGGCUGUACAUGCUGCUCAGAGAGAGCACGGUUCGCUCUUGACAUCGUGUCCGGAAAAGACUGAAGAAUCACACCACACCCAAAAGGGCAAACUUUCCUGUCCACAUGCCACGACUAUCAUUGACCGAGAUGGCGAACCAAACUACGGGUGUUCAGCUUACUCAAACCCGACGGAUGGUCCUGAUGCUUGUUGGCCUCGCGAUCAUCAUGUUCUCCCUCUUCGCUCUCAUCGCUUCAGAUACGGACAAGUGGUCGAGACAUCUAGAGACGCUCAGCGAUAAGUGGCAGUAUGCCGUGCCCAACCGUCCGUCGAGGAUUGUGCCACACUGCACUGGGCUGGAAAGUGAGCCGACAAUUAUGCUAGGAGAUCUGCCAGGUUUCCUCGUGCUUGAUAACCUGUGGUUCCACGAAGACACAUUCUAUCUGUUCGCUGAGAAGCCUGAAGAUAUGCCGGACAAAGACCGGGCGAUGUCCGGUCCCUUCGGCUGGGAAGUCAGGCCAUUCGAAGACAUGCCCUUGCUGUUUGAGAGGAAUCAGUCGAUAUGUCUGGAAGGGUCGUCUCUUCUUCUCGUGGACCAUCCGCAAUGGGGUGAAGACGGUCAAUAUACCGGUUACUCACACUACUAUCACCUCUUCGGGGAAGGGUUCAUGGGAGCUUUGGCAGCGCUCGAAGCUGCCGUCGAACCCAUUGUCGACCAAAGUCGACCAGAAUUAGGCGAAUCACUCUGGCCACAGCCGUACCUGAAUACGACCAUUGACAGCCGAUUCAGAAGCGAAGAAUAUACUUGGGCACAUGGAAAGGCACAUCAUGGAGUAGAAUUUGAUCGAAUGGUCAUACCUUGGAUCAGCGAUUGGAGAGAUUCUCACGGUAUCAACUCGUUCUUGUUCAAUCAUAUCUACGGGAAGACUACCGUGGAGGCUGCCGAAUGGGAAGAAUGGAGAGAGGAAGGUCUAUGGGUCUCAAUGCGUCGAGUGGUGAUUGCAGACCGAUGGGCUGCCGCACGAUAUAGUCCGCCAGUGGAAGGCUGGUAUCGACAAGCCUUGUCAGCAUUAUCCCUACCAUUCUCUCAUCUCUUCUUCGAGCGGACUCGAGCCAAGCUAUUGAAUUCAUUAGAGAUCCCGGCGUUACUCCGUCCGUCAUUGGGCAAAUCGCUUCGGAAGAUCCCCAAGAUCCUUUACGUCUCGAGACAAUCUUCCAAUAGGAAAUUUACAGAGCAGACGCAUAAUGCCCUGAUGGAUGUCUUGUCCCAUUUUGAGGAAACGGGCAAAGCAAAGAUCGAUUAUGUCAAAUGGGAAGGACUGUCAAAGAAAAGUCAGGUCAAAAUGAGCUCCGAUGCCGAUAUUUACCUCGGUGUUCAUGGGAAUGGAAUGACUCAUCAGCUGUGGAUGCCACCAGGUGGUAAAGUCGUCGAAUGCUUCCCCCUGGAUACGUUUACAAGAGAUUAUCAGAUCAUCGCCGAAUUCUUAGGGCACGAUCAUCACCUCAUUUGGGGCAAUAGAGUCGUACCGCAGACAGAAUGGGAUGAGGGUCAAGCAGGGGACUAUUCAUCCAUAUGGAGUGGGCGACCCAUCCCUCUCGACGUGGAUUUCAUGCGGAACUUACUACAGAAUCUCUUGAAUGAGAUGAUACUUUGAAUCUGGAAUCCAAAAGGGUCAUCAAUGGCAUGGGCCAGUUGUAAGUUUCCAACCUAUGGUUCUAGAAGUCCUGUGGAAAGCAAUGAAUACCACAUCAAAAGUGGCUCGCAUAGCGUAGUACUGUGUAUGUACGACUCCCCCGGAUGCCUUCUGUAGACUCCAGGUGGAUUCUGCAAGGGUUUUGUU